GUUGUUUAUUGUUAAUUAUGUAUGUCGUAUGUUAUUGAAAUAAUAUUAAUCAUCGAUAGUUCGAUAUUGUAUACGCAAUAUUAAGUCGGAAACUUGGUAUAUUGAAAACGAGGCUUAAGCAUACUUUUUCGGCCAUUUCCGGUUCUGUGUUUUAUGGACGCUUCGUGUUUGCUCGGAGCGUUUAUCGUUUUUUCGUUCGAAGAAUUCAAGUUACAUUUAUUGAAAAAUAAGUAAUUCUCGUUGUAAGAUACUAUUUUUGAUUGUUUGAAAGUAUGUGGUUAGCGUGAUAAAGUAACGAGGAGUUGGUGAAAAUCGUAUGAAAAGAAAUCUUGGCAGUUGUGUAAAUAGCGCGUAGUGGUGCUUGCGCGUACGUUAUGCGCAUUCGCGGACAGAUGAGCGCGGGAUUGUGGUACCCAGACGCGAGGGGAUUGUAGCACGGCUACUUACGCGAAGAGACGUUUAAUGGAGUUCUUGAUGAAGUGACGGGUAACGAAAAAGUAACGUUCUUCGCGCAUUGAUCGUUGAAGUACGUAGAAUUAGCGUUUGGUCCCAAAGGGGCCACAAAAUGGACGGUGUCAAUGUGAAUGGCGGGAACGCCGAUGAGGCGCGCGACAAUCCUAACCUAGAAGCUGGAAGUAUGCCGGAUUUACAGGAAACACAAGAUAAAGUUGAAACAACCAUCAAAGUGGACAGUCAAGAGGUGAAUGGAGAUGUUAAAGGUUCACCAAAAAAGGGUAUGAUACCACAUAUUAGAGAAAAACUAUGUAAGUUCAAGGCCAAUUCAACUAGUAUUAUUGAAAGUGAUACAAUGUUAAAUAUAAAAGGACGCAAGCGAAAGCUUUCGGAGCCCGAUGAUGUUAGUUCAGAGGAGUCAAUGGAAUUCACUGGAUUUGAUAUUCAAGGAGCUAAUGAGUUGCAGCGUGGAAGUUAUGUGUUGAAAAAAUUAAUUGGUAUUGCUGAAGCUGAAGUAGCUGAAGCUCAAUUGGCAAAACGGCUUAGAUAUAGUAUAAAGAAGAAUUAUGAUGGAAGAAAAGAUGACGAACAAGAUUCGGAUGAUAGUAGAAUGCAUAGUUAUGAAUCGGAACAUGGGUUAGAUAUAGACAAAAUAAAAAAAGAAAAAGAAUCUGAUAAAUCUGAAACAGAUUCGAUUGGAAUACCAAAUACUAUGGAGACUGAAUUAGAGGUACAAAAAGCAGAUGGAACUUCGUUUAAAUCAACAAAUUCAUCAUCAGCUACCAGUAGUCCAGCAACAUCUCUAAAGUCUAAAGGAAGCCGUAUUUCGCGUGGAGUUAGUCCAGGAAGUACAAAACAGAAAGCAGCUGUCGAUGUAACAAAUCCAGCGUUCAAAGAACCUUUUAAAUAUGGUUGGAAACGAGAAUUGGUAUUUAGAGCAAGUAGCGAUUCUAGCCUGAAAAGAAUGGCCGAUAUAUAUUACUAUACACCGAAAGGGAAGAAAGUCAGAAGUUUUAGAGAAGUUGCAGAAUUUCUUAAUACUAAAGAGUUAACUAUUGAUAACUUCACAUUUUUCAAAGAACCUCUUGGUCUGGAUGAUCCGGAAAAGGAGAUUAUUCGGGAUGCAAAAAGGAUAAGAGGAUAUGGAUCGGGUACCCCAGGAAGAAGAGGGUAUAAGAAAAGUACUCCUGUAAGGAGGGUUUUAGAAGAACCUUCGUCGAUGCCUGUACCAGUGCCUACAAAAGCUGCUACUAAGUCACCAAAAACUCCAACAACUGGAUUUAAAGUGAAAGUGCCUGCGAAAAAAACUCCGCAAAUAACAGAAAUAAAAUCGCAGUCUGAAGAAAGUGAGAUGCUUCCACCGCAACGGACCACGAGUACAAGGAGAAGUCAACAACUUGUCGAAAAACCACCACCUCCCAAACCUAAAAGACAACUGACGCCCAAAGUUCAAGAACCAUGCAGUAUAAGAUGUUCAACAAGUAUGGGGUUGAUACCAAGCUUACAAUGUCGCGUGUGUCUCUGUUUAUAUCAUCCUGAAUGUGUUGAUGGUAUGGAAUUUACAGGAAGUGACAAUUAUGUUUGUAAGAACUGUCAGCAGGACACUAAUGAAUCUCAGCAAUCUCAAACAAAUCCAUCUUUAACACCUCCUCCAUUGAUACCGAUUAGUAUGCUAGGCGCACAGAGUGCAAAAUCAAAACAUCAAGUAAAUUUAACUCCACCAAAACUUCAGAGAAUUCCGAAAUCUGACGGUGCGGACUCACAAUCGCGAAAUAGUACUAAAGUAACAAAAUCCUCUUCGACGACAUCGUAUUUUCCUUCGAAUUUAGAUAAGAAAGAGAGUAGUUGGUUUCCUCAGACAGAAAAUGAAUUCUUACAAAGUCACGAUGGAACUAUACCAAAACCAGCACAAAAUAUUGCUCUAAUGGGAGGUAAAAGGUAUAUCGUUGUACCAAAAAAUAAUGCUAUGGCUGUUCAGCCAGCUAUAACAGUAAAACCUGACAAAAUUGGUGAUAAACCUCCUGUACUUCAGGAUGGUUCGCUUACCGAUAUAUCAAAUACCGUUGAAAGUUCUAUGCUUACAAAGUCACAUGCUUCUUUAUCAACAAAAUCAUUGAGAAAAGAUAUCCUUGAUAAAUCACCCGAAAAAAGUAUGUCGAAAAAUGUAUCGUAUACCGAAACUGCACCAAAUUCUGAAGUAGAGGAAACAGAAGAAAUGUGCAAUAAUAAUAAUACUAGAACAGAUAUAUUGGCUGAAAAUAAAUCUCAGAAUGAUUUGUCUAAUACGACGACAGAUGUUGCGUUAGAAGCGAAGAAAUCAGUGAAACGUAAAUCACUCGAAAGGAUAACAAAUACAACUAAUAAAAAUGAUCUACCAAAGGUAGAUUCGCAUCAGUCUGUUCUAAGUAAUUUGGGUACAAUUAAAACAAGUAGCAAGAGAAAAAAUCAACAGGAAAUAGAACAUCAACAACAACAUUUUAUGGAUUCGGUGUGUGCCGGUUAUCACGCGUUACUGCGUAUAUUUCAAUAUCUGAAGGUUCAAGAGUUGCUACGCGCUGCAAGAGUUUGUAAAAUGUGGCGAGACUUGGCCGCGCAUCCCUCUUUGUGGAAGACUGUACGAAUGAAAAAUAGUCAAGUAACAGAUUGGGAUGGUUUAGCGGAUACGUUACAAAGACGAGGCACCCAACAUUUAGAUCUCCGGAAGAUGCUUGUAGCAGGGGAAUCUGAUAGCAUUUGGAAAAAGUUUUUGUCAGUAAUACCACGUGUAACUAGCCUGGUCAAGUUAGAAUUGUGUAGAUGCCCUGUGAUGGUUGUCGAAGAAGUUAUUAAAAGCUGUCCCCAAUUAGAAGUACUGAGUGCAAUGUCGAUAAAAUGUGAUUCAUUAAAUUUGGAUUCGAUUGGAAAUUUGAAACGUUGUCAAGAAUUGAGGCUCAAAGCAAUAAGUGGAAUGUCACUACAAGAAGAUCUCACACCUUUACAAGAAUUGACACAAUUAACGCAAUUGAGUUUAACGUCGGUUAAAGAACUAGGAAAGAAGAAAAUCGAUAUUAUACAAGCUUUAGUCAAUUUGGAAGCAUUAGAAUUGGGCGAAUGUUCAGAUUUUCCUGACAAAUUUGGUACAACAGUUUUGAUAAAAUUGCAAAAAUUAGAGCGCCUUAGGCUUGAAAAGGGACAAGGUUCGUGUUGCACGUUUAAUAUUUUAGAAGGCGUGUCGAAAUUACAAAAUUUAAAUCAAAUGGAAUUAGUCAACUUUGACGUGAAAAAUGGUUUCGAUAAAUGUCUGGCCAAUUGUAAAAAUAUUAAAAGGUUAUUGAUAAUACCCACUUACAUAUCUCAAUCGGCGACAUCCAAUAAUAUGGUGCUUGGCGGUGUUACUGAAUUAUCAAAUAAUUUGACACAUUUUGUAUGGGGUGUUACACUCGAAUUACUUAGGGUAACUGAAUUAUUUGUUGAUCAAUGUAAUCUAAUGAGUAAACAAGUUACUGGCGACUCGAUACCAGUAUUGAAACCAGUGCCCUGUUUGAAGUUAAUUGAAGAUGUUGAGGAUGAAAAUGACAAUCAAAAAGGUGAUGAUAAACAACAACCAAAUUUAACAAAUCCUCAAGUAGAUAUAUUACCGUUGCCUCAACUUCAAAAACUUUUGCUAACCGCAUUGCCUAAAACGAGAGUUAAAAUUUUGAAAAUUCCUUUCCAUGCUACGUGGCGACAAAGCAUUUCAGAUACUGCUACGCAAUAGAAGAAGAUGAACUAAAGUGUUUCUGUUACAAAUACUACAAGGAAAAAAGAAGAAUAUUCCGAUACAGGAGGAGAAAUAGAAAUCUUGUAAAUUUGACUCCAUAGUGUCUGCACAAUUUAUUCCAGUACUUGUGAAUUGGAUGAAAAGUAAUUUAAUAUUCAUGUACUAUGUGUUUUUGUAGUUUCUAACAGUUCCCCUUAAAUACCGACGAUACACUCUAUAGUAGUGAAAAAUACUAUUCUAUCUUCAACUCCUUCUUGAAACGUUGUUAAAGAGGGAAUAGUAUUUGAAUGAUAAAAACAGGGGACCACAAAUGCAUUGUGUGCUAUUUUGGAUGACAAGCAAAAUCUAAUGAGGCUGGUAUCCUUGUAUAAAUCAUUUGAACAAAGAAAGUCUUAGCAUUUGUAGACAGCAAUAUUUUUAAUGUGUGUCCGUAAAUUAUUUGGUUAUACUUCAACGUGUAUCAACAUGGAAGAGAAAUUUUUCAUCUAAGAAAAGAAAAAAAAAUACAAUGAAUGUAAAUGUUUUAAGAUAAUUAUUAUAUAAAAUUAAGAUUUACAAAAUCAUCGCGCACAUUUAUUAAAGGGGAUGAAGUAUAGAAUUUUCAGUUUUUACGAAUAUUGAACUUUUACAUUCGAUAGUGAAUUAAAAGAAGAAAUAUUUUUAUUUCAUGAUACAUGAUAAAUUUCGAAGAAGUUUCUAUUGAGGGGUAGCAGUAAAGAACGAAAAAAAAAGUAAAAGAAACGAAAUCAUGUGGUGUAUAAGGCUCUAUUUAGUGGUUAGGCUGUAUAAAUAACGGUUAUACAUUACUUGAAAUACAUGUGUAUCUUUAAAUAUUUAAGAUACGAGUUUUCCGCUGCAAAGAAAUUACGGAGAACCUUGUGGGUAAUGUUGUAGAAUGUGUAAUAUAUUUAUAAUUCUAUACGAUAUAAUAUUAUAAAGAUGUAGUGAUUAAUCUGUACUCGGUACAAAUUGCGUAAUUACGAUAAAUUUCUUAACAAGGAUAUUUAAAUUUUCUGUCGAAUGUUAUAAUUCUUUAUUUUCCUUCCUUCUUUCUUCUGUUUUGUUUUACUUAACAAGUAGGUGUAUGUAUGUACACUGUUAGGACAAUGUCAAAUUAGAUUUCAUACUGAAACAAUAAAGAUGAAGAAUAUUGAAAAAUUGUAAUUAUUCAAAGGGAAGAGUUACGUACAUAAUUUCUGAAUAAUAUUGAAAAAAAUUAAUUUAAGAAGUAAUAUUAGGUAAAUGAAAAAUUUUCAGGUGAUAUUAACUAUUAUAUCAAUUUGUUAUUUAAGUACGUCACGUUUUUCAUCCGCGCAUCGAAUUAGUUGCGUUUUGUAAAAAGUUUUACAAUUAGUUACCUUACUUUGCAGCGUGAAAAUUCUUCUUAUUAUUUUAUUACGUUAUUUUUAAUUGUACACACAAAUGAAAUAAUUUAUAAAAAUUAAGGGGGUUCUAAAGACAUGCUCCUAAUUAACCGAGUUAAAUAUACAAAGUAUCCGAAAAGUGGUAUACGCCGUGAUUACUCUACGUUCUUCACGCUAAAAGAAAUUGGAAAAUCUUAUCAUGUUGCAUUUUUAUAUUCAAAAAUUUGUGAAGUAGUAAAGGAUUUUUAUUUCCAUUCCUUAUACCGUGUAGAAUUUCCAGUUUUCAGGGUGUACGUCAGUCAAAUUGGGAUACAUGGUGUGAGAGAAAAUAUUUUUUACGUUAAAUAUGAAAUGUGAAUAAUACGAAAUUACAUAUACAAAUAUAUAUAUAUAUAUAUAUAAAUAUAUAUUCAUGAUUCUUAGCAUUGAUACGAGUAUUACGAAUAAUUUUAUAUUAAAUCAAUAAAUGUUAAACAAUUAACAGAUCAUUUUUUAAGAACUAUCUUUAAAUCUGUAUACAAAUUUUCAUUUUGUUACGCAUUUCAAUCAUUUCAUUUCUGGAUUUUAACAAUUUUUUAAUUUUUUAAUUUUAUCAGUCAUGAAUACAAUGUAUUCCUGUCCCUCACAGCCUGAUUCAUAUAAUUUAACAUUACCAUUGUCUUAAAAAUGCAAUGUGUAUUUAAACAAAAUUUUCUGUUACAAAUAAGGUGUAUGUAUCUGUAAAUGUAUACAAAUGACAGCAGAGCACUAAAUUUUUAUCUUAUAUUUGUAAAUAAUUGUAUCAUUCGUGUCAUUUUGUUUUAAAACCCCCUUAAUAUAUCUUUAUAGAUAUAACAUAAAGGCAAUAUAAAAAUAUUAAGAAUUUGAUGAAUAUAUCUCCUGUUUAUUUGCAUACUUUGUACAAUACAGAUCUUACAGAAAGGAAAAGUUGUUUCAUUUAUGCUUUAUGCUACUACAAUUUUGUUCGUCAUCAUCAUAUGUAUCUGACAAAUAGUUAAAAAUUUUAAAGAAAUGUACAAAAACAAUACAUUUAAAUUGAGAGAUAUAUAUAUACAUACAUCAUACAUAAAUCAUGCAUACACACAUGUAUAUAAUUAUAAGUGUAUAUUUGUACACAAAAUAUGCAAGACGUAAUAAUUACAGUCGUGAAAUAAAAUUAUUUCUUGUUAUAUUGACAAAACAAUGAAAAUUUAGGGAUGAAGAUGUAGCAACAAAUUUUUGAUUUAGUGUAAUCUUGAAAGUAGGUGAGCUGUAAGAGUUAAAAAUCAAUACGAAAUGUAGUGAAGUUGGUGAUUUGAAGUAGCCAAAUUCUGUUAUUUCGAGGUUAUGUCGUGGAAGAAGAUGUUUCUUGAACGACCAGUUUUCGUUCAUUCUGCGCAUUGCGCAUUGCGCACGUUAGUUUAAAUUGGUUUUAAAUACGUGCUGCAACCAAUAUAACCAGGAGUAAAAGGCAAGCGCACUUGCGUUGUUUUCUAACGCUUGUGUGCACAUACAGCUGUCUUUUAUCUCUUACUAUUUACUACACUUCUACCUUCUACAUACACAAUAAUCUCCUUCGGCUUUUCGUAUAUUUUUGUCCACCAUGUAUACGGUCGUUGGGGUAAAAAGCAAAUGGUAGAGUUUGGUCGAACUGCUCGAAGGAAAUAUGUUCUUUCGUGGAAUCAAGGAUACGUAAGGGAAUAGAGUGGAACAGAUAAAAGUGUAGUGAGGUAAUCCAAAGAUGGACAGAAGAGCAGAGAUAAAUGCCUUGUGUGAAGAACUACUUCGUCGUAAGCACACUUUACGGGGAUUCCUUUUAACGUAGAAUACAUUUGUUGUACAUACAUACAUAGAUAUAUGUAUAUGUAAUUUAACCGUUUGCAUGUUACUUUAAAAUCAUUGUAAAAUGUUACUUAAAAAUAGAUGGCAACGUUACAUUUUGUUACAGUAAUUGAAACUGAACAGAAAUCUUAUAAUUUAACCGGUAAAUUUUUAAUAAUUUCAUGAAUUUUAAAGCGAAGCAGACAGGUAAAGUAGGUGGUGCGCAUAGUUUACUUAACCUCAAGAUCCUUUGAAAA